AUGAUAGAAACUUGUUUUAAGUUAGCAGUUUCUGAAAUUUAUUUUAAAUCCUUAACGUUUGGGAAAUACCCAGGUUCUGAAGUGAUUGUCGGAGUGAAUAAAUACCAGUUGGAAAAAGAAGAGACUGUUGAAGUUUUGGCAAUUGAUAACACUUCAGUCCGUAACAAACAGAUUGAAAAACUUAAAAAGGUGAAAGCUUGCAGAGAUGAAGUUGUAGCUCAGCGUUGUCUUGCUGCCCUGUCAGAAUGCGCCGCCACAGGCCAAGGCAAUUUGCUGGGCCUAGCAGUGGAAGCAGCACGUGCCAGAUGUACAGUUGGUGAAAUAACGGAUGCAAUGAAAAAGGUGUUUGGUGAACACAAAGCCAGUGACCGCAUGGUGAGUGGAGCUUACCGUCAGGAGUUUGGGGAGAGUGACGAAAUUGCUCAAGCAAUCAACAGAGUUAACAAGUUUGUGGAACGUGAAGGUCGGAGACCACGUCUUCUUGUUGCAAAAAUGGGCCAAGAUGGCCAUGACAGAGGAGCCAAAGUGAUUGCUACAGGAUUUGCUGACCUUGGGUUUGAUGUGGAUAUAGGCCCACUCUUCCAGACACCCCGUGAAGUGGCCCAACAGGCCGUAGAUGCGGAUGUGCAUUGCGUGGGGGUGAGCACCUUGGCUGCUGGCCACAAAACCCUUGUUCCUGAACUCCUCAAAGAGCUGCAUGCCCUUGGCCGCCCAGACAUUCUUGUCAUGUGUGGAGGAGUCAUCCCUCCCCAGGAUUAUGACUUCUUGUAUGACUCUGGUGUUUCCAAUAUAUUUGGCCCUGGGACCCGAAUCCCAAAGGCAGCUGUCCAAGUUCUUGAAGAUAUUGAGAAAUGCUUGGAUAAUAGGCAGCAAUCUGUGUAAACUUCUGUCUCAUAACAAACUUUGUAUCUCAUGGUGAAUUUUAUAGUUUGUGUUGAUGCAUUAUGAUCUGUUGAUAAAAAGAAGGAAUUUUUGCGAAAUCAUCUGCAAUGUCUGGUGUUGCCUUAUGCUUUCUAAGAAAGUAGGAAAUUAUCUGCAAUAUUAUUACAUAUGUAAAAUCUAUCAAAGAAUCUAAAUGAAAUGAGUAAAUUUUAAAAUUUUGCAUAUAAGACUCCAUUAUAUCUGAAAUACACUUCAGAUCUUUGGAAAUGCAAAUUACAAUUUAAAAUAAAUGUUACUGAUACAGAAAGGUGGUGAAAUU